ACGAGUAGCUUGUCAGAAAGUAGUCCCUGCUUCAAGGGAUGCCUCUGGACAUGGGGCAGCUAAGUCCCACUAUAAAAGCCAGCCGAGCUCCGUGCUCUCUCAUCCACUUCUCUGGCCUUCUUCUCCUUGGGAACAAGGUGCACGUCCUGCCCCCAGACAUGUCCUGCUACGACCAGUGCCGGCCAUGCCUUCCAUGCCAGCCCUGCGGCCCGACCCCGCUGGCCAGCAGCUGCAAUGAGCCCUGCGUCAGGCAGUGCCAGAACUCCACCAUUGUCAUUGAGCCCUCUCCCGUGGUGGUGACCCUGCCCGGCCCCAUCCUCAGCUCCUUCCCGCAGAACACCGUUGUGGGAUCCUCCACCUCCGCCGCCGUUGGCAGCAUCCUCAGCUGUGACGGAGUCCCCAUCAACUCCGGGUGCUGUGACCUCUCCUGUAUUACCAGCCGCUACUGUGGCAGCAGGUGCCGCCCCUGCUAAAGAUGCCAGACAGUGCCCCAGACCAGGACCCCAGGAACUCAGAACAUGCUGCUGGACAAAAAUGGACAGAAGAACAGACCUCGUGCUGUUGUUUUAAGAGGACCUGACCAUCUCUGGCUUGUCCUGUAAAGACAGGCAGGAAGGGGCCAGCCUGGAUUCUAUGACUACAUGGCCGAUGUAUACCUAUCCUGUUUUCCACACACUCUUUUUCUUUCUUUUCUUUGUUGCCCUCUGCUUUCCGUGAGGCCCCCAGAAACCAGCCUGGAGUGACCUGCUACCCCUCUCCACCUGUGGGCCAGGUCAAUUGAUGCC